AUGCCUCGUGGUCAGAAGAGUAAGCUCCGGGCUCGAAUGAAACGUCAGCAGACCCAAGGGAAGAUUCGGAAUAACAUAAGUGCGGAGACCAAAGGUGCUGAGGGAGACCAGCCCUCCCCCUCCACCUCUGCUGCUUCUGAGGGCACUGCUGCAGGCUACUCUGGUGCGCAUGUGCUCCGGCAGCUUGAGGAAGAGGGAUCUGUCUGUUCUGAGCUAGAUAUUGCAGGUCUAAGAAUAAGUGACAGCAGGGAGGAGGAUGAGGAGGAGGAGGAGGAGGAGGAGGAACAACCAUGCACCUCCAGGGCCGCACUGUAUAUUGCAAGCACUCGCAAAGAUCCUCUGGUCAGGAGAACAUGUAUGGUGGUGCAAUUCCUGCUGGAGAAGUAUAAAAUGAAGGAGCCCAUUACUCAGGCCGCAUUGCUGAAGAUUGUCAGCAAGAGGUACAAGGAUAGCUUCCCUGAAGUUAUAAGGAGAGUCUCUGAGCGCAUGGAGCUGGUGUUUGGCCUCGAGUUAAGGGAAACGUAUCCCAGUGGCCACACCUAUAUUCUUAUUAGCAAGCUGGGUGAGGGUGAUGAAAGCUGCGGUGGGGGUUUGCCCAAGAUGGGGCUUCUGAUGACGCUACUUGGCGUGAUCUUCAUGAAGGGCAACCGGGCCCUUGAGGAGGAGAUCUGGGAUUUUCUAAGUGUGUUGGGGAUCUUCCCUGGAAGGAGGCACUUGAUCUUUGGGGAGCCCCGUAGGCUUAUCACCCAAGAGUUCGUGCGAGAAAGGUACCUUGAGUACCAGCUGAUUCCCCACAGUGAUCCUCCAGUCUACGAGUUCCUGUGGGGUCCAAGAGCCUACACUGAGACGACAAAGAUGAAAGUGUUAGAAGUGAUAGCUAAGAUCAAUGACAGCAUCCCUUCUAACUUCCCUGAUAUGUAUGAGGAGGCUCUGAGGGAUGAGGAAGAGAGAGCAAGAGAGAGAGCAAAGGAAAGGGCUGCCAAGUCCCGUCGGCCUCCCAAGCCUGCAUCCAAUAACCCUUCCAACUAUUAG